AUGACGACAAACGCGAACAGAUUCUCGACAUAUACCACUACCUCUGUGGGUACAGGUCCGGACAGCAGAGAUGGCGAGCAAAAGAAGGACAUGUGGAGUUCCAUGCUGGACUCGGUCGCCAGCGGCAAGAGAUUACCCGAGAAGAACCUCCUUGUCCUCGGCGGCUCCGUCAGCUCACAACGCGACUUCUUGGAAUCUCUCUCGGCCAACCAAUCCCGGGCUAGCUUAGAGAACCAAGACCAUAAAGUGCCGCCUGUUGCCAAUAGCUUCGCCCUGGGAUAUACAUAUUACCAUGUCUUGGAUGCGGAUCAGGAAGACGUUCUCGCGCGCAUUUCGCUAUAUCUGCUGAGCAGGCCGUCUGCUUCUUUCACGUCGCUUCUCCAACCACUCCUCACUCCGCAAACGAUACCAAACACCUUGAUAGUAAUUUUGCUCGACUGGUCACAGCCAUGGCUAUGGAUGCGCCAGUUACGAGAAUGGCUUCUCCUACUCAAGACGGUCAUCAUGUCGCUGAGCCCAGAAUGCAAGGAGGCAAUGGAAGAGAAUAUGAAUAGUUGGAGAGAGAGGGGCCGCACGGGAGGCUCGAUCAACCUUGACGGCACAAGCGCUGGCGUCGCAGCUGAAGGCAAUGUUACCAUUCCACUCGGGCCAGGCGAGUGGGACGAAGCCAUGGGCUUGCCACUGUGUGUUGUUUGUCAGAAUACUGCCAAUAUUGACAACCUGGAGAAGACGCAAGGUUGGAAGGAAGAAAAGUUCGACCUUGUCCUUCAGUAUCUUCGUACCGUUCUGCUCAGACAUGGUGCUUCGCUUGUAUAUACCUCGCCAUCCAUGUCGUCUCCGCUGCAAAGUCUGGUCCACGCAAGUCUGGGUAUCCGGUCGUUGUUGAAACGAGAAGCCCUCAACGCGAACGUAAUAGACAGGGACAAGAUCCUCGUGCUCCCGAACUGGGAUUCGUGGGGCAAGAUCCGCGUGUUGCGGGAUGGGUUUGACGUCGAAAGUGUCAGCAAUGGCUGGGCUGUGGACCUCGACCAAACAUUUCCCACCGCCAAGAGCAACAGCCUGCCAACUCUAGAGAACGACGCGAUGGACGCGACAGCCAAUGAAGCUUCCGUGGUAGAUGCGUACGAGGCAGAAGUUCAAGACUCAAGUCUCGAUGCGCUGCAGCUGGCACAGAACGCUCAAGACAAUUCGAAGCUGGAAGUUCCUUCGGUCGACACUCAAGCAUUCUUGGCCCAGCAGAUGGACAGGCUUGAGCAGCAGAAGAAAGCCGACGACAAGGCUGGCAAGGACAACUCUUUUGCACAGGGCGUUUCCGAUGACAUGAUCAGCGAUCACAUUGGUCCUGUUCAGUUCAAUAUGGGUGGCAUACAGGUAGACGCAGACGACAUGGUGCAGCGCCUGAAGGAUCGACAAGCUUAUGGGCAGUCGCCCGAACCCCUGGGCGUGGGAGACGAGGAAGAUGCUGCAGAUGCCCAAGCACCAGUAGACACGGACACUUUGGCCAAGUUCUUCGGCAACCUCAUGAACCGCAAGCCGGCUGCCGGAGGCAAUGCGGCGAAGCCAUGA